UCCCGCUGCCCUUUCUCCUUCUCCUCGCUCUCCCUGUGGCUCCCAUUUCUCCCUCUCUUUGUUAGUUGUAACUAGAAAGGCAGGGCAGGGGAGGAAAAAAUCCCCAGAACUUUAAAUGGCCUCGCCGGGCUUCCCCGCUGCGGGUCCGGGCUGGGAGUCGCCCCAAGGGCGGGGGUGUGCGGGGCCCUUCCCCGCCAGCUGCCGCCUCGUUCGCUAGCUUUGGCUUUGGCGUUCUAUUUAAAAAGGCGGCCCUUGGAACAUAGUUUAUUCCCGUAAAAAUUCCCACAACAAACUCUGCCUCUCGCCUUUAACUUCUCUGGACUGCGAAAGGCCUUUCUUUGCUGAAACACAUCUUGCGCGUUUCACGUUUGCUCUCAGGGGAGGCAGAAAGGGGCCGAGGAGCUGGCCUCGGCUCCGGGAGAGGCUGGACUUCCUGUCUCUGUGUGCUGAAUGGCUGCGAUGGCGCCCGCUCUCACUGACGCAGCAGCUGAAGCACACCACAUCCGGUUCAAACUGGCUCCCCCAUCCUCCACCUUGUCCCCUGGCGGUGCCGAAAAUAACGGCAACGCCAACAUCCUUAUUGCUGCCAACGGAACCAAAAGAAAAGCUAUUGCUGCAGAGGAUCCCAGUCUAGAUUUCCGGAAUAAUCCUACCAAGGAAGACUUGGGAAAGCUGCAGCCGCUGGUGGCAUCUUAUCUUUGCUCCGAUGUAACACCUGUUUCCUCAAAGGAAUCUUUGAAAUUGCAAGGAGUCUUCAGCAAGCAGACAGUCCUUAAAUCUCAUCCUCUCUUAUCACAAUCGUAUGAACUCCGAGCUGAGCUGUUGGGGAGACAACCCGUUUUGGAAUUUUCCUUAGAAAAUCUUAGAACCAUGAAUGCCAGCAGUCAGACAGCUUUGCCACAAGCUCCUGUAAAUGGGUUGGCUAAGAAAUUGACUAAAAGUUCAGCACAUUCUGAUCAUGACAAUUCCACUUCCCUCAAUGGGGGAAAACAAGCUCUCGCUGCAUCUGUUCUUCAUGGGAGUGAAGUGGAGGGAUCUGAGUCUGGGGACUUGAAGGGGGGUAUGACUGAUUGCACUCUUCCACACAGAAGCCUUGAUGUAGAACACACAACUACACAUAGCAAUAAUAGCACUGCAAACAAAUCUUCUGUCAAUUCCACGGAACAGCCGGCACUUCAAGGAAACAGUAGAUUAUCACCUGGUACAAACUCCAGCUCUAACUCGGGGGGCGUCAAAGUAGAGGGUAAAAACUCUCCCUUGUCUUCCAUUCUUUUCAGUGCUUUGGAUUCUGAUACGAGGAUAACAGCUUUAUUGCGGCGGCAGGCUGAUAUUGAGAGCCGUGCCCGCCGAUUACAAAAGCGCUUACAGGUUGUACAAGCCAAGCAGGUGGAGAGGCAUUUGCAGCACCAGCUAGGUGGAUUUUUGGAGAAGACUUUGAGCAAAUUGCCAAACUUGGAAUCCUUGAGACCCAGGAACCAGUUGAUGUUGACUCGAAAGGCUGAAGCUGCCUUGAGAAAAGCUGCCAAUGAGACUACCACUUCAGAGGGACUUAGCAACUUCUUGAAAAGUGGCUCAAUUUCAGAAGAAUUGGAAAGAUUUACAGCUAGUGGCAUAUCCAACUUGAGGUGCAGCGAACAAGCCUUUGAUUCCGAUGUCACUGACAGUAGUUCAGGAGGGGAGUCUGACAUAGAAGAGGAAGAACUGACCAGAGCGGAUCCUGAGCAGCGUCACGUGCCCCUGAGACGCAGGUCAGAAUGGAGAUGGGCUGCAGAUCGUGCAGCUAUCGUCAGCCGCUGGAACUGGCUUCAGGCUCAUGUUUCCGACUUGGAAUAUCGAAUUCGGCAGCAAACAGAUAUUUACAAACAGAUACGUGCUAAUAAGGGGUUGAUAGUUCUUGGGGAGGCACCUUCCCCUGAGCAUACAACAGCAGACUUACUUCUUAGCUCUGAGGUGAAAACAGAUCCCGGGACUGACAAGUUGGUUGACUCUCAGCCACUAGAAACCCAUGGUGCCUCUGCUGUUGGUCACAUUUCAGAAUCAUCAUCUACCAAGCCAUGUGGCACACUGAGACCUGUCAAUGGAGUUAUUAACACUCUCCAGCCUGUCUUGGCCGACCACUUACCAGGUGAGAGUUCUGAUGCUGAAGAACAAUUGCAUAAAAAGCAGCGACUGAAUCUGGUUUCUUCAUCAUCGGAUGGCACCUGUGUGGCAGCCCGAACACGUCCUGUACUGAGCUGUAAGAAGCGGAGGCUUGUUCGACCCAGCAGCAUUGUUCCUCUGUCUAAGAAGGUUCACCGGAACAACACACUCCGUUCUGGCUGUGAUGUGAAUCCCUUCUGUGCGCUGUGUGGUUCGGGCAGUGUCACCACCGUCCCUCCUGAAAUCCACUACGAAGCCCCUCUGUUGGAACGUCUUUCCCAGUUGGACGCUUGUGUUCAUCCUGUUCUAGCGUUUCCGGAUGAUGUUCCCACAAGCCUGCACUUCCAGAGCAUGCUGAAAUCUCAGUGGCAUAACAAACCUUUUGACAAAAUCAAACCUCCUAAAAAGUUUUCACUUAAGCACAGAGCACCAGUGCCAGGCAGCCUGCCAGAUCCAGCUCGUAAAGACAGGCACAAGUUGGUCAACUCCUUCCUGACAACUGCCAAGCUGUCCCAUCACCAAACUCGGCCUGACAGGACCCACAGGCAGCACUUAGACGAUAUGGGGGCCGUGCCCAUGGUGGAGCGAGUGACUGCACCAAAAGCAGAGCGCUUGCUCACCCCACCGCUACCUGUGCAUGACCCAAACCACAGCAAAAUGAGAUUGCGAGACCAUUCAUCUGAGAGAAGUGAAGUGUUGAAGCAUCACACAGAUAUUAGCAGUUCAAGCUACUUGGCAGCUGCCCACCAUCAGCCACACAGUCCGUUGGUGCGACAACUCUCCACUUCAUCAGACUCCUCAGCACCCACCACCUCCAGUGCACAGGUUACAGCCAGCACAUCUCAGCCAGUAAGGAGGAGAAGGGGAGAGAGCUCAUUCGAUAUUAACAACAUUGUCAUCCCAAUGUCUGUUGCUGCAACAACCCGGGUAGAGAAGCUGCAAUACAAGGAGAUCCUUACUCCCAGCUGGCGGGAGGUUGAUCUUCAGUCUCUGAAGGGGAGUCCUGAUGAGGAGAAUGAGGAGAUCGAGGAUCUCUCUGAUGCAGCCUUUGCCGCCCUACAUGCCAAAUGUGAGGAAAUGGAGAGGGCACGGUGGCUGUGGACUACAAGUGUACCACCCCAGCGACGUGGCAGCAGAUCUUACAGAUCAUCAGAUGGCCGGACCACCCCCCAGCUGGGCAGUGCCAACCCUUCCACCCCCCAGCCCGCCUCGCCCGAUGUCAGCAGUGGCCAUUCUUUGUCGGAAUUUUCCCAUGGUCAGUCCCCCAGGAGCCCCAUUAGCCCAGAACUGCACUCAGCACCUCUCACCCCUGUGGCUCGGGACACUCUGCGACACUUAACCAGUGAAGACACCCGCUGUUCCACACCAGAGCUGGGAUUGGAUGAACAGUCCGUGCAGCCAUGGGAACGGCGGACUUUCCCCCUGGCGUACAGUCCCCUGGCAGAGUGUGAGGACCAGCCGGAUGCACAGGAACGGGCCUCCCGCUGCACUCGGCGCACCUCAGGCAGCAAGACUGGCCGGGAAGCGGAGGUGGCACCCACCUCCCCUCCCGUGGUUCCCCUCAAGAGUCGGCAUCUGGCAGCGAUGGUCACAGCUCAGCGCCCAACGCACAGAUGAGCGGGAGAUAAGCAUCUAAACAGACUACGUAACUAUUGGCAUUAAAGCUUCAGAAAUCUC